AAUGAUUUUCAAGUCUUUAAUGAAUACUAGCAUUUUAGUAUGCCGACGUAUUCAAGGCGGUUGUAUGCAAAAAUAUUACGGAAAGACAAAUUCAUUGAAUAAAGGGCAAGUCAUCAAACGUUAUAGCACUUGUCCAAGCGGUAUGAAAGUUACUGUAUGUGGGGCAGCUGGUUGCACAGGUGAACCACUGGCAUUACUGUUAAAGCAAUGUCCAUUACUGGACGAAAUAGCGUUGUUUGAUGUCUGCGCCACCUGUGGGUACGGCAUGGAACUGAGUCAUGUAGAUACUAAAUGCAAAGUGUCGUCGUACUCUGGAGCGCACAUGCUUUGUGAUGCAUUAAAGGGGGCCCGAGUCGUGGUGAUUGUCGCUAGGAAUGAAGUGGAUUCUUUUGAGGCUAAUUCACCAAUCUUGACGGAAAUCGCGAUUCAGAUAUGCAACACGUGCCCUGAUGCUUUCACAAUAGUAGCAACGGAACCUAUAGAGAGUUUAGUCCCACUUGUGGGUGAAAUUCAAAGAUGUAGGUGCAAGUAUGACCCGCGACGAUUACUUGGAUGUGUCGAAUUGAACUGUGUUCGGGCUAAUACGAUACUAGCGGACUUUCUACGAGUACCACCCGAGUCCGUACGAGUACCUGUUAUAGGCGGCGCAACACCCACCACUAUGGUACCGGUUUUAUCAGCAGCUGUUCAUCCGUGUGUUAUGAGUCAGGAACAGAUCGAAUGCGUGACAUCGUGUAUAAUGAGCGGUAACGAAGCGGUUUGCGCUGCCAAAGGGUGCAAAGCAGCUACUGCAUGUCUUUCUGGUGCCUUUGCUAUCGCAAGAACCACUGUCAAUGUUGUUAAGGGUCUGCAAGGCGAUUCAAAUGUGGUUCAAUGCGCUUACGUGGACAGCCUUGGUACUUGUGCGCCGGAUUGCCAGUAUUUCGCUAGUGAUGUUGUAUUAGGACCUUCGGGAAUAGCGAAGAACCUUGGCGUUCCAGAACUUACUAAAUUCGAGAAUUGUCUGCUUUGCAAUUGUCUACCAUAUGUUCGUAAUGAGAUUUGCCGCGCAAUUUGUCUGGUAUAUACAAUGUGCCAGCAGUGCUGUUGUCCCACCUGCAUAGCGCACCCGCAGACAUGCUACACGCCUCCUAUCGUGCCCUGUGCGCCGCCUGUCAAUUGGACCUGCGACUGUCCUGAUGCCUGUCGCGAUGAAUAUCUAGCCUCGAUCUGUCGUGAGAUGACCUGCAAGUGUGGUAGUACCGAGUUGUGCUGGCGUCCACGUCAAGCUGACUACGAUGCGGCUCGUGCUAAAAACUUCACCCACCAAAUGCCUCUUAAAUGUCUAGCUUGUUCCUCUCGUACUGUGCCAAGGAGUGUCCAAAUUGAACAGCAGUUGCGCCAAAGGGCUACUGACCCGUGUUCUUAAAUAAAUCUUUCUUAAAUAA